CUUCUUUAACUUGUACACUCUUUUCGUUGCAACUCGUUUUUCCUAUCCUUUUUUUAUUCCUUAUAGAGCUUGCAACACCUCACAAAGCUUUUCUUUUAUUUUUUAUUGUUUGAUAUAUAAGAAAUGGCUGAAAACUUUGCAAAAGCAAACCAGUAUCAAUAUGCUGCCACUUCAAGUUUAGUCUUACAAGCAAACCGUAAAGGGCUACCGCGUCGAGACCAAGAACCAACUGGCGAACCUGAUUCUUUAUAUGGAAAGAUUGAUCCCAAAGAUUUUGGUUCUCGCGCAGAAAGAGAAAUACCCAAAGAUAUUGAACAAAAAAAGAAAAAAGCUGCUGCUAAACGUUCUGAAGCAUCAAAUGAAAAGAGACGCAAGAGAAAAGAAGAGAAAGCUAUCAGUCGAGCUUAUGGUUAUUCUUCUGUUCUUUCAGCAACUGAAGACUGGGAGGGUCUCAACUACAGACCUCGUACAAAAGAAACACGCGAAGCUUAUGAACACAUUUUAUCUUUUGUUUAUGAGCAUUUGGGCGACCAAGCACGCGAUGUUAUCAGAAGCGCUGCGGAUGAUGUUUUAGAAACACUUAAGACUGAUACACUUAAAGACUUUGACAAGAAGAAAGAGAUUGAAUCUGUGAUUGGAAAUAUUGGAUCAGAACAAUUUGCUCAACUUGUCAAUCUGUCAAAGAAGAUCACUGAUUAUUCAGCUGAUGGCGAAGCUAUGGAUGUAGAUGAAAAUGGCGACAAAAUUGGCGAGAUUGAUGAUGAACUUGGUGUCGCAGUUGUUUUUGAUGACGACGAAGAUGAUGGGGAACAAGAUGACCAAUUUGAAAUGAAAGAUGACGAAGAAGAUGUUGAAGAGGAUAACGUCAAUAUGCCUGUUGCAGAGGAAGAGGAAGAAGCAGAGUCCACUGAUGAUGAAUCAGGCUUCAAGACUGUUCUUCCUGGCCAAGAAAAAAAGAAGAAGCGAUCAGGCAAUAAGAAGUCUUCUGUUGCUCAAGAAGACGACACACUUUUCCCUCAUGACAUUGAUGCCUUCUGGCUUCAACGUCAAAUUGCUGCACACUAUUCUGAUGCACACACCGCUCAAGAAAAGACAGUUCAAGCCUUUAAUAUCUUGGGCUCAGAAUCUAUUGAUAUUCGUGAUUGCGAAAAUGAACUAAUGGUUCUUUUUGACUUUGAUAAAUUUGAUCUUGUACGCAUUUUGAUUAAGAACCGCGAAUUGAUCUAUUGGUGUACACGUCUUGCUCGAGUAGAUGGUAAUGACAGAAUUGCUGUUGAAAAAGAGAUGCAAAACAAAAACUUGGGUUGGAUUUUGCGUAGUUUGAGUGGUGAUCGUCAACGUCGGGGCGAGGCUCUUGAAAGAAAGGGUGUAGUUGACACUGCCAUGGAAAUUGAUGAUGAUGCCUCAAAGGGUCGCAGUCGUGGCCAAUUGCCUACAACUGUUACUAUCACUCCAGGCACAACAGUUGCUCCUCAAAAAACGAUUGAUUUAGACUCUCUUGUGUUUGAACAAGGCUCUCACUUGAUGUCUAACAAGAAGGUCAAGUUACCUGAUGGCUCAUUCAAGCGUUCUAAAAAGGGCUAUGAAGAAAUUCACGUUCCUGCUCCCAAGCCUGAACAAUACUCUUCUGGUGAAAAGCUAGUGCCUAUCAAAUCGUUGCCUGAUUGGGCUCAAGAUGCUUUUAUUGGCCCCAAAACAUUGAAUCGUGUUCAAAGUAGACUUUACCCUACAGCAUUUAAUAGCGAUGAGAACCUUCUUUUGUGUGCUCCUACUGGUGCUGGUAAAACUAAUGUGGCUAUGCUUACCAUCUUGCAUGAAAUUGGCAAGAAUCGUGAUCCCGAGACUGGCUUGCUUGAUCUCGAAAAUUUCAAGAUUGUCUAUAUUGCUCCCAUGAAGGCCUUGGUAGCUGAAAUGGUUGGUAACUUUACUCAACGUCUCAAGCCAUAUGGUAUCACUGUAGCCGAGUUGACAGGUGAUCGUCAAUUGACAAAGCAACAAAUUGCUGAAACUCAAAUCAUUGUCACUACUCCUGAAAAGUGGGAUGUCAUUACUCGUAAAGCCACUGAUCGUAGCUACACUGCUUUGGUUCGUCUUAUUAUCAUUGAUGAAAUUCACUUGUUGCAUGAUGAUCGUGGCCCUGUUUUGGAAAGUAUCAUUUCUCGUACUAUCCGUAACAUGGAACAAACACAAGAGCUUGUUCGUCUCGUCGGUCUUUCUGCUACUUUGCCAAACUAUGCUGAUGUUGCUGCAUUCUUGCGUGUAGACAGCAAGACUGGCUUGUUUCAUUUUGAUGGUUCUUAUCGUCCUUGUCCAUUGAAGCAACAAUUUAUUGGUGUAACAGAAAAGAAGGCCAUUAAGCGUUUCCAAACCAUGAACGAGGUCUGUUAUGAAAAGGUCAUUGAACAACUUGACCAAAAGGAAGAGAAUCAAGUCCUUGUUUUCACUCACUCUCGUAAGGAAACUGCCAAGACAGCCAAAACACUCAGAGAUAUGGCUAUUGAAAAAGAAACCAUUGGCCGUUUCUUAAAGCAAGACUCUGCUAGUCGUGAAAUUCUUCAAUCUGAAGCUGCUACUGUCAAAGACGCUAACCUUCAAGAUCUCUUGCCUUAUGGUUUCGCUAUUCACCAUGCUGGUAUGACUCGUGCUGAUCGUACUUUGGUUGAAGAUUUAUUCACUGAUGGUCAUAUCAAGGUCUUGGUUUCUACUGCAACACUUGCUUGGGGUGUCAAUUUGCCUGCACACGCUGUUAUCAUCAAGGGUACUCAAAUCUACUCACCUGAAAAGGGUCGCUGGGUUGAACUCUCUCCUCAGGAUGUCUUGCAAAUGUUGGGUCGUGCCGGUCGUCCACAAUAUGACACAUAUGGUGAGGGUAUUAUCAUUACAGCACAUUCGGAGCUGCAAUACUACCUUUCACUUAUCAACACACAGCUUCCCAUUGAAUCUCAAUUCAUUUCUCGACUUGCUGAUAAUCUUAAUGCUGAAAUUGUUCUUGGUACUAUCAGAAACCGUGAUGAGGCUGUUCAAUGGUUAGGUUAUACUUAUUUGUAUGUCCGUAUGUUGCGCAAUCCUACACUCUACAGUAUCUCGCUUGACGAGCUUGAAGAUGAUCCUCACCUCGAACAAAAGCGUGUGGAUUUGAUUCAUGCUGCUGCUACCAUUUUGGAUAAAUGCAACUUGGUCAAAUAUGACAAGAAAUCAGGUCGUUUCCAAAUCUCUGAACUUGGUCGUAUCGCCUCUCACUUCUAUGUCAGCCACCAUUCCAUGUCUACUUACAACCAACACUUGCGUCCUAUGAUGAGUGAAAUUGAGCUUUUCCGUGUCUUUGCUCUCUCUGAUGAAUUCAAAUACAUUCCUAUUCGUGAAGAAGAAAAGAUGGAAUUGCAAAAACUCUUGGAACGUGUGCCUGUGCCUGUCAAAGAAAGCCUUGAUGAACCUACUGCCAAAAUCAAUGUCUUAUUACAAGCCUAUAUUUCUCAAUUGAAGUUGGAUGGUUUUGCUUUGGUUUCUGACAUGGUCUACGUAACUCAAAGUGCUGGUCGUAUCCUUCGUGCUAUCUUUGAAAUUUGCUUGAAACGUGGUUGGGCUCAAUUGACCAAAAAGGCCUUGGAUAUGUGUAAGAUGGUCGAGAAGCGUAUGUGGUUGCCCAUGUCUCCUUUGCGUCAAUUCAAGGCUAUGCCUCAAGACAUUGUUCGUCGUCUUGAACGUAAAGAGUUCCCUUGGGAGCGUUACUUUGACUUAAAUCCUCAAGAACUUGGUGAAUUGAUUGGUCAGCCCAAGGCUGGUCGCACACUUCAUAAAUUUGUACACCAAUUCCCUAAGCUUGAUCUUCAAGCACAUGUUCAACCUGUUACUCGCUCCUUACUCAAGGUAGAGUUGACUAUCACCCCCGACUUCCAAUGGGAUGAAAAGGUCCAUGGUCUUGCUGAAGCUUUCUGGAUUCUGGUUGAAGAUGUUGAUGGCGAACAUAUCUUACAUCAUGAAUAUUUUGUAUUGAAGCAACGUUAUGCUGAGGAAGAACAUUUAGUCUCUUUCACUGUUCCUCUCUACGAACUAUUGCCUCCCAACUACUUUGUUACUAUUGUUGCUGAUCGUUGGAUGCAUUGCGAGACCAAGUUACCUGUCUCCUUCAAGCACUUGAUCCUUCCUGAAAAGUAUGCUCCACACACUGAACUCCAUGAUCUUCAACCUUUGCCUGUGUCUGCUUUGCGUAAUCCUGAGUAUGAAAAACUUUACUCUUCUUGGAUCAACCAUUUCAACCCUGUGCAAACACAAGUAUUUAAUGCUCUUUACACAACUAAUGAAAACACCUUUAUUGGUGCCCCCACUGGUUCCGGUAAAACUGUUUGUGCCGAAUUUGCUCUUCUUCAUUUAUGGAAUCAAAUUCCCGACUCUCGUGUUGUUUAUGUUGCACCAUUCCAAGAACUUGUAGAUCAACGUGUUGCUGAAUGGUCUGAGAAGUUCAGCAAGAUUGGUGGCGGUAAAGAAAUUGUUGCCUUGACAGGCGAAACAAGUGCUGAUCUGAAGUUGUUGGAACGCGGUAAUGUUAUUUGCUGUACUCCUACUCAAUGGGAUGUUAUUUCUCGUCGUUGGAAGCAAAGAAAGAAUGUUCAAAAUGUAGACUUGUUUAUUGCCGAUGAAAUUCAUAUGAUCGGUGGCGACCUUGGCCCUACUUAUGAAGUGAUUGUUUCUAGAAUGAGAUACAUUGCUUCCCAAACUCAAAAGCCUAUCCGUAUUGUUGCUUUGAGUACUUCUCUUGCUAACGCUCGUGACUUGGGUGAAUGGAUUGGUGCUACUUCUCACUCUGUAUUCAAUUUCCAUCCAUCUGUGCGUCCUGUGCCUUUGGAGAUUCAUGUCCAAAGCUACAAUGUACCUCAUUUUGCUUCUCUUAUGAUGGCUAUGGCUAAGCCUACUUAUUUGGCAAUCACAACACACGCAGACAAUAAGCCUUCUAUUGUAUUUGUUCCUUCAAGAAAGCAAUGUAAAUUGACUGCUGUUGAUCUCAUCACCUAUUGUGUUGCUGAUGGUAAGACUGAUCAAUUCUUGCAUUGCAAGUUGGAAGAGAUUCAAUCUAUUUUGGACCGUAUUCAAGACAAGUCUUUGGUUGAAACACUUCAACAUGGUAUUGGUUUCUAUCAUGAAGCUCUUUCCAAGCAAGACAAGAAGAUUGUUGAGCAACUUUAUGAAACUGGUGCUAUUCAGGUCAUCAUUGCUUCUCGCGAUACAUGUUGGGCUCUUCCUCUUCAUUCUCAUAUGGUCAUUGUGAUGGGUACUCAAUACUUUGAAGGUAAAGAACAUCGUUAUGCAGACUAUCCUAUCACUGAUGUGUUGCAAAUGAUGGGUCGUGCCUGUCGUCCUUUGGAAGAUGAAACUGGCAAGUGUGUUCUUAUGUGUCAAGCUAACAAGAAAGAAUUCUACAAGAAGUUCUUGUAUGAAGCAUUGCCUGUUGAAUCUCACUUGGAUCAACUUUUGCAUGAUCACUUUAAUGCUGAAAUUGUCACUAAGACCAUUGAAAACAAGCAAGAUGCUGUUGAUUAUCUCACUUGGACUUUCCUGUACCGUCGUAUGGCCCACAAUCCCAACUACUAUGGUUUGCAAGGUACUUCUCAUCGCCACUUGUCUGAUCAUCUUUCUGAGCUUGUUGAAACUACUCUCAAUGAUUUGGAAGAGACCAAGUGUAUUACCAUCGAAGAUGAAAUGGAUAUCAGUCCUCUCAAUUUGGGUAUGAUUGCUGCUUACUACAACAUCAACUACACUACUGUGGAUAUGUUCAGUGUCAGUCUGAAGAACACAACCAAGCUCAGAGGUCUUUUAGAAAUCGUCUCUUCUGCUACAGAAUUCGAUGGCAUUCCUAUUCGUCAUCAUGAAGAGAAUGUCCUCCAACGUAUCUAUGACCGUGUGCCUGUUAAGUUGGCUACUCCUAAAUUCAACACACCUAGAAUCAAGACCAAUGUCUUGUUACAAGCACACUUUUCUCGAGUCCAAUUGCCUCCUGAUCUUCAAUCUGAUCAAACCUUGAUUGUCGAGAAGGUUGUUCCUCUCUUACAAGCUUGUGUUGAUGUGAUCUCUUCCAAUGGUUGGUUGUCGCCUGCUUUGGCUGCUAUGGAACUAUCACAAAUGUCUGUUCAAGCCAUGUGGGACCGUGAUUCUCCUCUUAAGCAGAUUCCUUACUUUACAAGUGAAAUCAUCAAGCGUUGUGAAGAACAAGGAGUUGAAUCUGUGUUUGAUAUCAUGGAAUUAGAAGACGAUGUUCGUAAUCAAUGUCUUCAAUUGGAUCAACGCAAGAUGCGUGAAGUGGCUCGUUUUGUCAACAGAUACCCCAAUAUUGAAGUUGGUUUUGAUAUUGCCGAUAAGGAUGCUGUGUCCGCUGGUAGUAUAGUGAAUGUCAGAGUUCAACUUGAACGUGAAGUGGACGAGGAUGAUGAAGAGCAAGAUGUAGGACCUGUCAUUGCUCCUUACUUCCCCAAGAAGAAGGAUGAAGGUUGGUGGAUUGUUAUUGGUGAUCAAGAAACAAAGACUCUAUUGGCUAUCAAGAGAGUGACAUUACAACAAAAAUUGACUGUUAAACUAGACUUUGUUGCUCCUAAAGCAGGUCAACAUACACUUAAGGUCUAUUUGAUGUCUGAUAGUUAUAAUGGCUGUGAUCAAGAAUUGGACAUGGAAUUAGAUGUAGCUGAAGGCGAAGAAAGUGACGAAGACGAAUCUAUGGAUGAAGACGAGUAAUAGAAUUCUCUUGUGUGUUUAUAUUAUUUUGCAUGAACCUCUAUAUUUUUUUUUUCAAUAAAAUCAUGACAGCUUUUUUCCAAAAAAAA